AUUAGUGCAUGGAGCUUGUCAUUUAGCGUGUCGCGUUUUUAGGUGAACUUCUCUGCUCAAUCUCAAUUUCAAUAAUUUUGUGCUGGUAGUUGGUAUCUGUUUGUUGAUAGUAUUUGUCGAAUUAAAUUCAAUUAAAAACAGUAUCAGCUGUUCUUCUUAUCGUUUGUGUGAAUUUCUAGUCAAACAUAAAGAUUCGAAAUGAAAUUAUUAUUGGUCGUCUGUUUGUGCUUUGCCUCGACGCUGGCAAAGGAAGAAGUGCAAUUGAUCUCCAAUGAAGCCAUGGUGGAAUAUGAUGGAAAAUUCCACUACCAUUACGAGCUCGGCGAUGGUUCGAAAGCCUCACAAGACGGCGUUUUGAAGAAGGUGGACGCAGAGCAUGAUGGCGAGUCGAUCGAGGGUAAAUUUGCUUUUGUCGCCGAUGACGGCAAGGAGUACUUGGUGUCGUACAUAGCUGAUGAGAACGGCUACCAACCGGUGGGCGCACACCUUCCAACACCACCACCUGUGCCCGAAUCGGUGCUGAAGACCUUGAAGUACUUGGAAGAGCAUCCCUAUAACCCAGAAGCGGCGGCGAAAAAACAUUAAACUAAACAAGCUAGCAAGCUGAUUACACGUGCGAGCGG